GGUCACAUUGUAUUUUUUUUCCUCUAAGAAUUCAGAGACUAACAAAGCCCACAUCUUCCUUUCUUUCAGAUCCAACGCUACUUUGGUCUGCCUGGAUUCUUCUGGGGACCUUUGGUAACAGCUGAACAGGAGGCUGGUAAUGGACCCAAGGCGGAUCCGAAGACAGCAGCCAUCUCCAGCCAACCUCCAUGAUUCGGAGAUCAGCGAGGGGGUUUAUCGAGCCGAGUCGGAGGAGAAGCCCAGUUCGGUCUUUCAGAGGCCAGCGAUCAUCCUGUCUACCUUCAUUCUGAUUCUCCUGCCGUUCAUUCUCGUCCUCUCCAAUCGAAGCCCGUCAUUGGAAACGCUCUGUAAAGCUGGAAGAGUCGUAGAAACGGCAGGCUAUGAAGCAAAGGCGAAGCAAGGUUCAGAAAAUGGUUCCCUUGCCUCCUCUAACAUCACCGAGGGCAAUUUUCUCCAGAAAAAUAUCACUAAAGAUAUUCUUCUUGGAGGCCUACUGGUUCCUGGGUUUGAUCAAGGAUCCUGUCUUAGCAGGUACCAGUCUGUAUUGUAUCGCAAAGAAUCUCCCCACCUACCUUCUCCUCAUCUAUUAGAAAGAUUGAGAAAACAAGAAGCUCUCCAGAAAAAAUGUGGCCCAGGCACCCAAUUGUACAAAAAAGCCAUCGAACAGCUGAAGUCUGGUAAUAGCACUCAGACCUUGGAGUGCAAUUACCUGGUAGUGCUGUCAUACAGUGGCUUAGGGAACAAGAUGUUGACUCUUGCUUCGGCAUUUAUAUAUGCCAUUCUCACAAACAGGGUCCUACUUAUAGACAGAGGCGCCCACAUUGCUGACCUCUUUUGCGAACCAUUUCCUAAUACGACAUGGCUUCUACCUUGGGAUUUCCCUAUUGACCAUUUUAGCAGCAUAUACAAAGACGAUCCACGGAGUUACGGAAAAAUGCUGAAAGAUAAGGUUAUCGGCAAUGAAGUAAAUGGUGCCACAAACGGGUCGCUGCCACCCUAUGUCUAUCUCCAUCUGAGCCAUGAUUAUGGUGACUUCGAUAAGCUGUUCUACUGCGAGGAUGAUCAACGACUCCUUCAAAAGAUACCAUGGCUGCUGCUGAGAUCGAACCAAUACUUCGUUCCAUCCCUCUUUCUGAUCCCAGCAUAUGAAGAAGAACUUAAUCGGCUGUUCCCCGAGAAAGAGACGGCUUUCCAUCACCUGGGGCGUUAUCUGUUCCACCCUACCAACUCGGUGUGGGGUAUGAUUGUCAGGUCUUAUCAGGCAUAUCUAGCCAAGGCUGAUGAAAUAGUGGGCAUUCAGGUCAGAGUCUUUGAACGGGGGAAAACUCCAUUUCAGCAUGUGUUGGAUCAGAUCCUAGCAUGCUCUCUAGAGGAAAAGGUGCUACCAAAUGUAAGUCUCCAUGAGCCUGUGGUUUCAGGUACUGAUUCCAAGUCAAAGGUUGUGCUUGUAACUUCUUUGGACUCUGCAUACUUUGAGAAGAUAAGGAGCAUGUAUUGGGAGCACUCAACUGCAACUGGUGAGGUCAUUGGUGUCUAUCAGCCAAGCCAUGAAGGAUUCGAGCAGACGGGGAAGGAGAUGCAUGAGAUGAAAGCAUGGGCAGAGAUUUAUCUCUUGAGCUUGACUGAUAUGUUGGUCUCGAGCUCGUGGUCUACUUUCGGGUAUGUGGCUCGAGGUCUUGGUGGUUUAAAGCCAUGGAUCGUCUCGUUUAAGACGGCAGACCAGAUGACCAACCCUCCCUGUCGUCGAGCCAUGUCCAUGGAUCCUUGUUUCCAUUUUCCUCCAUUUCUCGAUUGCAAGGCAAAAUCGUAUGUCGACCAAGGGGCUUUAGUCCCGUAUUUGAAGCACUGUGAAGACUCGGGGGGCCUCAAGCUGGUUGAUCCGGUCGAGCAGUAGCUGGGACAUAUCGAUCUCUUGCAUUCCGAGGGGACAGUUCAUCCCCGUAGACUAAGAUUGUGCACUAAAUUAUUGUCAGAGCACGCCAUGCUGAUCUGCCAUUGGUGAUUUUAGACUAUGAUCAAAUUUGUAUGGCAAGUUGAAUGAUAUCUUUGCAUUUUUCAUUUACAAAAAGUUGUAAAAAAGUUCAUUGACGAGAUCAUGCCCCCUCCCCUUUUCGAUAAAAAGAUGCAAAGAUCAAUCUUUACUGAAUAAUAAAAGAAUUUUUAUGUAAGCUUGUAGUUAA